AGCCGCUGGCUCAAUCUUGAAUCGCUGCAGCUGAAAACCCAUGGCCAUGAUGUGCUUUAUUGUGCCAUUGCUUCUGGCAAUGCUUGCUGAGGCGGAUGAAGAAUGCUUGGAGAUGGAUGUGAGGAUGCUACAGCACAGUGCAUUCGUGUCCAUUGAAACCCAGCUGGCCUCUGAGUCAGAGGCAGCCCGCAAGUCGUUGGAAAAUUGCGGGCACUUGAUUCAGGAUGCUUGUGAUCCCAACGCCAACGCCCCCUGCAGCAACAAUUGCCGCAUCCAUACGCACGGUCAUGAUUGCUAUCGGCCGGUGCCUGAGGUGAUGGCAGAACAUCCAGGAGAAGAUGGCUUUUGCUAUUUCAACUACACGGGAUUCUGGGUGGAUCCGUUGGGCGACAACCCGGAUUAUGUGCAGAGUGCAUCGCAUGCAAUUCUCGCCAUUCGAGGUUCCUAUUAUGAAGGCUUCAAGAAAGGCCCUUUGAUCACCUUCAACUUUGAAGGCAAAGCGAUUACUACCUAUAUGGACGCUAUGCACUAUUCCUAUGACGACCUCUAUGGCUACUCCUUGGGAUAUUUGCAGGGGCAAGGUUUGGAGCCUUCACUUCUGCAGAACAACACCGAGUGGAUAUCUGUUUCAAAGGCCAAAUGUGAUCAGAUCCAAAACACCUACAAGUUUCAGAACGAAGAGCUGGUCCUUGCAGACUGGUUAGAUUACAACCAAGUGAUCGCAACAAAGGUUGCUUGCAGCGCAAAACUUCAACCCUACCUCAUGUCCAAGUCUGUCCUGGCAGCGGCGCGCUACAAAAGCAUCGACGACUGCGAUCCUGUUACUGCUAGAGACUUUGCAAAGCACCACUACAUCAAGUGUUUGCUCGGAUACCCAAAUUCAGCCGCUGAUGCUGCAUAUUUGCUAGCGCGGGCAUGUUUGCUGGAGAUGGGGACUCACAUCGGUCACUUCAGCGAAUGUCCAUAUUCACCGGAUGUGGAUUUUUGAUUCAGUGGGCCGCCCAGCCGGCAGCCAACGGUCGCCGGACAUUUGCAACAACGCCCCAAAAGUGUGCGGUGUUGCAGUGCUCCCUCUUGGUUCUGUUGCA